AUGGAUGAAUUUACUCCGAGAUAUUUGAUGUCAGAGCUAAAUGACAAUUCAACUUUCGUCAUGAAACGCGUAAAAAAUAGAGACGGAACGAAAGAACAAAAGCUUAUGAAUGCGGAUGACGUAGAUAGGGAAAUUGUUGAAAACGGUCUCGGAAUAUAUGAAAUGCCAGCAGAUGAGGUACAAGAAACUCCACAGGAAGAACUAGUUCAGAUACAACCAGACAUGGAAGAAAUAG